AAGAGAUAAAGAUAUUUGGAUUCCUUAUACAUAUAUAAGAUUCUAUAUUGAAAAAAAUAUGGCAAGCGAUAAAGAAGAGUCAGAAUCAGAAAUGAGUGAGGAAGCAGAAAGUAGUUUAUCUACAAAGGCUGCAGAUUCCUCUCAACCAUCAAAAGCUGAACAGAUGAUGCGGAUUAUGGGAUGGCAAGAAGGUAAAGGGCUUGGAAAGCGAGAACAUGGGGAAGUUGAACCGGUUUCUGUCAGACAAAAAGUUGGGAGAACGGCUCUCGGUUUUGAUUCUAAAUCUUCACAGGAAUUGGCUGAAAUUGAUUUUGAUUCCGUUUCUGAAAUAAAAUCUGUUGUAGAGACGCCAACCUGGUUGGUUUGUUCAGAGGAAAAUAGAAAUCUUUUACUCAACAAUUUGAAUGACGACUGGAUUAUUGUUGGAAAGCCAAAAAUGCGUAUCGAUGACGAAGACCGUUAUUGUUCACAAGAAUUAUUAACUCAAUUAUUGGAAUCAAAAGAUUUCUUUGAUACUGUUGACCACAGAGUUCUAGAUGCUGCCCGUGCCAGAGCAAAUCCAUAUGAAACAAUUAAAGCUGGAUUUUUCCAGAAUAGAGCAGCAAUGAAAAUGGCAAAUUUAGAUAAAAUAUUUGGUUGGCGACUUAGUUGGGAAUUUGUGGACAAAUCAAGGCUUGCGAAGAAUCCAUUGGAAAAAGAAAAACAACGAGAAAAUGUUGAUAGACAACGUUCUCUUUUUUAUUUUGCUGAUGUCUGUGCUGGUCCUGGUGGUUUUAGUGAAUAUAUGCUCUGGAGAAAAGGUUAUUACAAUUCUAAAGGUUUUGGAUUUACAUUGACAGGUCGUGAUGAUUUUAAAUUGGAAAGAUUUGAAGCAGCAUCUUCAGAAUAUUUUGAACCUUAUUACGGAAUUAAAGAGGAUGGAAAUGUUACAGAUCCAGAAAAUUUGGAAUCUUUAAAUCAAUUUUUAAAUGAAAGAAUACAUUCAACCGAAAAGGGUGUUCAUCUUGUAAUGUGUGAUGGAGGUUUUUCUGUUCAAGGCCAAGAAAAUAUUCAAGAAAUUCUUUCUAAACGUUUAUAUCUUUGUCAAUUUAUUACAGGCCUUUCAUUAUGUCGUGUUGGGAUAAAAACAGAAACAGGGGAAAUACAAGGAGGAAAUUUUUUGUGUAAACUUUUCGAUGUUUUUACGCCUUUCUCUAUGGGAUUAAUUUAUUUAAUGUAUGUUUCUUUUGGUAAAAUAUCAAUUCACAAACCAAUAACUUCAAGACCAGCAAAUUCGGAAAGGAUUGCGAGAAGACAAAUUUUUUAUUUACGUAAAUACAGAAAAUAUGCAAGUGAACCGGGGGUUAUUGAUGGAGAUCAAGAAAAAUUAAGAGAAGAAGCACUUAAAUAUUGGGAAUUACCUGAUUUUAUUGAAAGAACGCGUAUACAAUUUAGAAAGAAUGGAAAGUUUGUAAAAGAUCAACAUUUAAAUCAAAAUAAUAGAGAACCUGCUUCUGUGACUAUUCGAAGAUUUGCUGGAAAUCAGUUACAAUUCCCAAUAAAACGACGUUUGGCACCAUUCACUCCAAAUGAACCUCGAAUUUGUCCCGAUAUUAAUGAGCUUCGUGCUUUACUUUUAACAGAAUCUGACGAUCCAAUAUUGCUUGUUUCCCAAGGCCAAACUUCAGAUUCUAACGGUCUUUUUUGUCAACGUUUAAAUGCUUUGAAUGUUACAAAUGCAGAAAUUUUUUAUUGUACAAUUCCAAAAGAUACAAUUUUGCUUGUACAAAUUACAAAAAUUUAUCAAUUUGAUUCAGAACAAAUAAAAUCGACAAAUUCUUGUAUUUGGGUUUUGGAUGGGGCUGUUUUAAAUGGUGAUGAUAUUAGCCAAUUAAAUUUACAUGAUAGAUUAAAAGCGACAAAAAAAUUUUGUGAAGCAAUUAAUAAAAGAUAUUUUAGAGGAAUUGAUAGACAACAAAAAAGAAAUUGGGCAAGAUCUUUUGUUAGGCCUUCUGUUAAUAAAUUUCCUGAAUUAAUUGUUGCAGAUGCUAUUAAAUUAGAUGAAUUGUCUCAAAAACAUUUUGAAAUUAAAGAUAUUAAAGGAAAAAGUGCAUUUUUCCCUGUUUGGGCAGCCGAUGAUCAAAGGGAUUUACCUCCAAAAAAUCAUUAUUUGCCUUGUCGUGGUGUUAGAAUUCAAAAUAUAUUAAAUCCAAAUUUUAUGCUUAAAAGUCGAACAGAUAAGAAUGGACAAAAAUUGGAAUUUCCCAUUCCUCGAGUUACAAAUCAAUCAUUUAAUCAAAAUCCUUAUUCAACAUUUUAUGAUUCUUUAAUUGGAUUUAUACCUAAUGAAUUUUGGAUCCAAACAUUUCCAAUGGGACAUCCACAUAAUGGGGCAAUUACAUUUAGAUGGAGUUGGGAAACUGAUUUUAACGUUGGAUUUGGAGUGGAAAAUAUAAUUAACGAUAAUGAACACAAAGGGGGACUUACAUUAAAACAUUUGAAAAAAAUAAUAAAUGAACGUCAACAACCAAAACAAGAAUUAAUAUUAUAA